AUGGUUCUUGACCGACUACAGCAAUUGACCCAUCAGGUCAGCGCAACCGCGCCACCACCUCAUCCUCUGGAUCCUCUCUCUGCGUCUGAGAUCGACAGUGCCGUUAGUAUUAUCCGCAAGGAAUAUGGCUCGCUCAACUUCAAUGCCGUCACAUUGUACGAGCCCCGCAAGGCCCAGAUGAUGGCCUGGGUGGCAGACCCAGAGCAUGCCUCUCGCCCUGUCAGAGCUGCUGAUGUUGUCGCCAUCUCCCCAGAUGGCAAGGUAUAUGAUGGUGUUGUUGACCUGGGUCAAAAGAAGAUCAUUCAGUGGCAGCAUACGCCCAAUGUUCAACCCUUGAUCACCAUGGAGGAUCUACAGGAGGUCGAGCACGUUGUACGCAAAGACCCAAAAGUCAUUGAGCAAUGCGGCAUUAUCGGAAUUCCCAAAGAGGAUAUGCAUAAAGUAUACUGUGACCCUUGGACUAUUGGAUAUGAUGAGCGAUUCGGGACUGGUGUCCGUCUCCAGCAAGCUCUCAUGUACUACCGUCCUCACCCAGAUGACUCUCAAUACACCUAUCCCUUGGACUUCUGCCCUAUCUACAACGCCGAAACCAAGCAGAUCAUUCACAUUGAUGUGCCGCCGGUGAGGAGACCCCUCAACAAAGCCCCACCAAACAAUUACCAUCAAGCGGCAAUCGAGAAAGAAGGCGGCUUCCGAAAUGAUAUCAAGCCCAUCCACAUCACCCAGCCAGAAGGCGUCUCGUUCGAGGUCAAGGGUAGAACUAUCGAGUGGCAGAACUGGAGCAUUCAUGUCGGCUUCAACUACAAGGAAGGCAUUGUCCUCAACAACAUCACAUUCAACGACAAAGGCAACGUCCGGCCUGUUUUCUGGCGUCUGUCACUGGCAGAGAUGGUUGUACCAUACGGCAACCCGGAGCACCCGCACCAGCGCAAGCACGCAUUCGACCUGGGCGAAUACGGCGGCGGCUACAUGACCAACAGCCUAGCCCUAGGAUGCGACUGUAAGGGUGCAAUCCACUACAUGGAUGCUGCCUUCGUCAACCGCGCCGGCGCAAGCGCAAUCAUCAAGAACGCAAUCUGCAUCCACGAAGAAGACGCCGGCAUUCUGUUUAAGCACACCGAUUUCCGCGACGAGUCCAUGGUCGUAACACGCGGCCGCAAGCUCGUCAUCUCGCACAUCUUCACCGCAGCAAACUACGAGUACUGCGUGUAUUGGAUCUUCCACCAGGACGGCACCGUCCAGCUGGAGAUCAAGCUGACCGGUAUCCUAAACACGUACUCCCUCAACCCAGGCGAAGAUACCAAAGGCUGGGGAACGGAAGUCUACCCCGGCGUCAACGCCCACAACCACCAGCAUCUCUUCUGUCUGCGCGUGGAUCCCAAUAUUGAUGGGCCCGAUAACACCGUUUUCCAGGUCGAUGCCGUGCAGGGGCCUGGCGAGGUUGGAAGCGCUGAAAACAAAUACGGGAAUGCCUUCUAUGCAAAAAAGACAAAGUUUUCUACUCCCCUUGAGGCAAUGUCCGACUACAAUGGCGCUACAAGCCGGACUUGGGACAUGGCCAAUACCAACAAGCUCAACCCAUACAGCAAGAAGCCCGUCUCCUACAACCUUGUCAGCCGGGACGUUCCUCCCCUCCUCCCCAAGGAAGGAGGACUGGUCUGGAAGCGAGCUGGCUUCGCACGCCACGCUGUUCACGUCACUAAGUACGAUGACGAGCAAAUCCACCCGGCCGGCCGUCACGUCCCCCAAACAUCCGGCGAGCCCUCCGAAGGACUGCCGUCGUGGAUCGAAGCCGCGGGCCCUAAUUGCUCCAUCGAUAACACGGACGUUGUCUUGUGGCACACUUUCGGUCUCACUCAUUUCCCCGCGCCAGAGGAUUAUCCUGUUAUGCCGGCUGAGCCGAUGACGCUGCUCCUUCGUCCCCGUCACUUCUUCGACCGUAACCCUGUGCUUGAUGUCCCGCCUAGCUUCUCGCGUGCACCGACGCAGGUGGCUGCUGGAUCGAGCUCUUGUGCUUGUAAGAAGAGUGAUGGGUCUAGUGUUUUGGUUUGA